GCGGCAGUACUUGCUGUAUGCUGGUUGGCGUUAUCAAGCAACGACCAAGAAAGGAAAUAUUUGGUUAAUUUCCCAAGGAAGAUUGGACUUGUUAAAUAUUUAAUUUAACAAGUGCCAAGUUAAACACAAUACAACAGGUGGCAGUAAUGCAACAUUUCGCAGAACAACUGUCUUAAAACACCAAGGAAGAAGAAGAAGAAGCAGCUAUCACGCAACAAAACAAAUCCAGAGGAAAGACGCGGGCGUUUCACUAGUGCACUGUUUGUGGUUUCAUGUUUUUAUAGUGUUUAGGUGGCGCGGAUGUCACAGUCAGCGCAGCCCGGGACGAUGCCCACAGCCCCGGAUUCCCCCUCUCUGAGCGUCACCGUCAGCGGCAAUGUGCAGAAAUACAGCAUCAAGAAGAAAAAGGUCUUAAAUGCGGAGGAGACUGAGCUGUUCGAGCUCACUCAGGCUGCUGGGAUAGUCAUUGAUCAAGAGGUUUUCAAGAUCAUAGUGGACCUGUUGAAGAUGAACGUUGCUCCUCUGGCAGUCUUUCAGACCCUAAAGACCAUGUGUGCGGGGCAAAAAGUAUCUGAUACAUCCAACGGUGACACAUCCACAGCGUCCCACACCACCACUGCACCUUCGGAGUCUAGAGAAGAAGAGAGUGUGGUCUCAGGAAAAAGCUCUAAAACUGCAGCCCCUCCCUCUGCACCGGUGCCCCGCCCACCUAGGGGAGGGGCUAAGAUAGUGGUCUACAGCGCGGGUGACACGAGCGCUCCUGUCUCUCAAGUACGCAGUAAAACAAGUUCAGGACAAGGGGAGAAAUCGGCAAGAGACGGUUCUAGCCAGCGAGUGCCACGGCAGGUCAGUGCCACCAGGGGGCAGAAGAGCGCCAAGAGCUCUGGCAGCAGCAGCUCAUCGUCUCAGCUCACCUCUAACUGAACAACACAUACUAAACUUGCUCGAAUUACACUCCUAUGUUCUGUUGAUGAAGGUUCCUGUACAAUUGGCAGAAACUUUUCACUGUAAACAAAAAGUUAAGUUAUUUUAGGGAUCUCCUUCGGGAUGUCUUCAGUGUUGUCUGAAAAAGACUUGCUUUGCAUCAAAUUUGCAUCUCGCCCAGGGAGACUAUAGCUGAAGCACUUGUAUGGAAUUUUGUAUGCCAUAUUGUAAGCAGUUCAGAUUACACUUUCACACCAAGACAAUUUGAGAAAAACAAUGAAAAUCUUUUUCCAUGCUCUGAAAUUCAGUAGCUUGGGGCUGCUGUCAACCAGAUUUGUUUUAAGUUGUUCUUGUGUAAGACACUUCAAAUAUCUUGAGUGAAACUUUUCACUUGUGAAAAGUGCUGUUUUUUUAAUACAUUAUUUCUUUUUUUUCUUUUUUUUGCAAGUACAGUACAUCUCUGUAUUUUUGAGUAAAAAAUAUAUCCUAUCUAACAAA